UGGGACAGCAUCUGUGCAUCAAAAUUCUGUCGAAAACAAAAAAAAAGUGUCAGAAAUUGCAUUUUAAAAAAGCCGGUGCAAUUCGAGCAAAGUAUCCUUUAAUCAGACGACAGAGUUAGGAUACUAUUACGGUCAAACCACUAAAUCCGGGAAAAUGAUGAGCGGCAAAUCGGGCGGAGGCCCCAGUGCAGUGGUAGUGCUCAACUGCAGGACCUGUACGCGGGCCUGCAAGCAGCACAAGCCGCUGCAGGAGGAGAUCGAACUGGGCGCGGAGGGCAGCACCACUUUGGCUCGAAUGCUUCUAUACUGUUCCGGCUUGUCCUUCGAGCCGCAGGACGGCGCUGCAAUGCCCCAGCACAUCUGCCUCAACUGCCUGCAGCUUCUGGAGCAGGCUUUCAACUUCAAGCGCAUGGUAAUUGAUUCGGACGAGCUGUUGCGCAUCGGCUUAGACGAGGUCCACGGAACCAGUCAUCACCAGCAACAGCAGCAGCAGCAGCAGCAGCAGCAGCAGCGUCAUUCGAAUCAAGAGCCACCUCCGCAGCAGCAGUGUAACGAUACCAACGAGGAGUAUGUAAUGAUUGAGAUGCUGAACGAGGAGCAGGAUCCAUGCACUAUUACGGAGCAAGAUGCUGAAACAGAACAGGAGCAUUUGCACUCGAAGCUUGAAAUGGUGGAGAUUACCAGUGGCGAUGCGGAGGAGUUUGUCAUUGAGGAAGUGGCCGAAGAGGACGAGGGGCUGCCGGAUGACGAGGAGGGGCAGCAGCACACAUUAGCGGACAACGCGGUGGAAGAGCACAUCACCAUGGAGGGCGUACAUGAGUUCCAGCCCGCCGAAGUGGAAUAUGUAACGAUUAAGAACGAAUACGAAGCAUUAGUUACCGAGGAGGACGAGAUCGAAGUCAUGGACGAGUCGGGCGCCCAUGGCGAGAUCAUUGAAGGUCAGAUGAUUGUGAUACCCGCCGAGGGAGCCAUAGACGAGGUCAUCGCCGAGGAGACGCUCGAAAUGGUUGAGGACGAACGCGAAGAACAUUUGUUGCCUGAAGCGGACGAUGUCUGCACCGAGGAGGACUUCCUGGAGGAGUCUUUGGACUCCACACAAAUAACUACGGCCGAGACCCUGCCGUACAUGUGCCACAUAUGCCGCAAGCCGUUCCGCCAGCAGUGCCGCCUCAACCAGCACAUGCGCUGCCACGUGGACGAGAAGCACUACGAGUGUGAGGAAUGCGGCAAGCGGCUGAAGCACCUGCGCAACUACAAGGAGCACAUGCUGACCCACACUAACGUCAAGCCGCAUCAGUGCAACAUCUGUGGACGCUUCUACCGCACCACAUCGAGUCUGGCGGCGCACAAGCGGACCCAUGCCGAGGAGAAGCGCUACAGUUGCGAUCAGUGCGGACGAGGAUAUGCGGCUCUAGAUCACCUCCGGCGCCACAAGCUGACACACACGGGCGAGCGCCCCUAUGCCUGUGAUCUGUGCGAUAAGGCCUACUACGAUUCGUCCUCGCUGCGUCAACACAAAAUCAGUCACACCGGCGAGAAGGCGUUCACCUGCGAGAUCUGCGGCGUUGGCCUCUCACAGAAAUCCGGCUACAAGAAGCAUAUGCUGGUACACUCUGGCGAAAAGCCGCACAAAUGUCCCAUCUGCGGCAGAGCCUUCACCUUCACCAGCAACCUCAAUGCCCAUGUGCGGCUGCAUUCGGGGGAAAAGCCCUUUAAGUGUGACGUCUGCACCAAGGCAUUUCCCACCAAGAAGCGUCUCAACAGUCAUCUGAGAGUUCACAAUAAGGAGGCGCCGGUGACGCCGGUCACGCCGCAGGCCAUUGAUAAUCGUAAGAAAACAGUAGUGGAAUCUGCCGGAGUCAGUGGCCGUGGAGGAGCAACCACUCUUCAUUUACCUGAUGUACCUGAAGUACCGAUAUCCACCUCCAAAGUUGUUGUGGUGCUCUGAGAGGGUAAGAUUGUUAUGGGGCUAAGCAUGAUGCAAAGGCGAAUGCGGUACUAGAGGUCUAAGACUAGUCUAAGGUCGUACACAUAAUGAUAAUAAUAGCACGUACAAGUACAUGUAUUGUAUAAAUUGUAUACAAAGCGCGGUGCGAAAUCAAUAAUUAUUAUGACACUGUACUAUGUACAUGAUCUUUUUUACACUAAA